AUGCCGAAAGGAGAAAGUCUCAAUAAAAAUGGAGAGAAAGGAAGGGAGAUGACACAAACAAAACAAGGAUGUCAAGUUGUGAGACUGGUAUGGGAGACAAAAGGCAAGGAGAAUUCCUGGGAAGGAGAAGAAAAAUGGGCAGGCUACCCGCACAACGGAAUCCAAUCCAUCCCGAAAGAGACUUUGUGUGAGCGAGCUUCGACAACCCACUCCCGACAAGUCAACCAACAAACCGUCAAAAUGGUCAAGAAGAGGGCGAACAACGGCCGCAACAAGAAUGGCCGCGGCCACGUCAAGCCUGUGCGUUGCUCCAACUGCGCUCGCUGCACCCCCAAGGACAAGGCCAUCAAGCGCUUCACCAUCCGCAACAUGGUCGAGUCUGCUGCCAUCCGUGAUAUCUCCGAGGCUUCCGUCUUCGCUGAGUACUCUGUCCCCAAGAUGUACUUGAAGCUCCAGUACUGCGUGUCCUGCGCCAUUCACGGCAAGAUUGUCCGUGUUCGCUCCCGCGAAGGCCGCCGCAACCGUGCUCCCCCUCCCCGUAUUCGCUUCAACAAGGACGGCAAGAAGCUCCAGCCCCCUACUGCCGCCAAGGCUUUGUAAGGAGAUGAAUGUCGCAUGAUGAACAAAAUAAAAUUGAACUAGUUUGAAAUGAAUUCUUUUAUUUUGUCUUCACUCUUCGCAUUGGUGUUCUUCUUGACCGGAUCGCAGGGGUGAUGCUCGGUCCCGAAACUGCCGGCCAUGC